AUGCAGCAGCCAGCCUCACUAAGUGUUGCAGCGUCUCCCGCUCCUGUUAUUAAACGCGCAGCACCUGUUAAACUCACAUAUGAAGAAAUUCAUCGUGGGGCUCUUUUUUCUGUAUUCGAUGACUUUGCUCGUCAAAUGCGGUAUAAACAACAUGUUGAGCAUCUACGCACCACCGGUGGGGAUAUUCAGGUGAUUUCACGAAAUGCGGUUAGUACAUCCAGUGGAGGAGGAGGAGGAACAACAGGAUUAGCAGAAGGAGCCAUUUCUAAAGAAAGUACUACACGAUUGCUAAAAGAACAUGCAAGUGCUUCGUGGGGUAUUUUCUUUUAUCAAUGGAGUCUCUUUGGGCUUACUGGUGUAUCUUCUGUGGCGACGGCGAUGGGUUUCUAUCUUACUAUUUAUCACAAUCGUAUGUUUCUUCCAUUAGGGCCAAUGGCUGCUGUGGUAACGUGGCGUAUGUGGAAUCUCCUGGAGGAGGCGUGGGAGCAGCAGCGGUAUAUUGAUAACGCCGCCCAGCUGCGUGAGUCACGUAAGGGAAAUCCAAUGAAUUUAGUAGCACGGCGAACGGGUGCUGGUGGGAAAGAAACGGAAGUGGAAGAACCAUCAGAGGAUAUGAUGUAA